AUGGCGUCGAAAACAUCCACACCCAGCCGAAUCGUCCUCGACUUCCUGCGACCUGCUCGACGAUCACCAUGCGACUGUCUUCGUCUCCGACGUCUAAACCACCGAUUUCCUCCUCAAUGCCGUAAUGUCUCCACGGCCGCUUCUCAUCUCUCGGAGACGGAGGUAGAAACCGACCUCCCUCCGCGGUGGUCCCAGACGCCUUCCGCCAUGAAGGCUCCAGUUCGCGCAAGCCCACCGCGGCAAGGCGGCAAACCCCUUCAGAUCAAUACCGACCAAAGGAAACUCGACGAGGCGUACGUCAAGUUUCUAGGACGGGGCGGAGAUACAUUACUUUCAGACGAGACAAAGUGGCUUGCGGUCACGAGUAAGAGUUUUGACCACGGUCGGAGAGGAUUCAACGACCGGCUGGCUUUUUUUGGAAAACGGAUACUUGAGCUCCAGUGCUCAUUAGGUCUUCUCAGUGUAACGGACGCAGCCAUAUUCCUGAAAGACAAGGAGAAAGAUCCGCACGGCCGGGAACCCUUUCGGCAUCCAGCAAUUGAAUCGGCAGAAUGUCUGCUCGGGGGAGCUCAUGAAUGGUUCACAAAUCACAAGCAGCUUGCAAACCUAGCAAUCCAGUACGGGCUACCGGAAGUGAUACGGUGGCACCCCAAGGAUCCCGAGCAACUCGAGGCAUCUGGCGCGGAUCUCAUCUACUCGCAGGCUGUUCUAGCAAUCAUUGGGGCGCUGGCUCUAGAACAAGGAGGCGCGGUGGCCAACCGCAUAGCAAAAGAGAGGGUGUUGGUUCCAUUAGGAUUGAAGAGAGACUGGAAGUCCAAAGGCGACCUUGCAGAACCCUCGCGAAGAUAA